AUGCAGUCAUAUGUAAUCGUUGUCUCAGUCGUUGCUGGCGUAUCGGUGUUCGCUGUUCUUGUAUAUUUGGUUUUGAGGAUCUACAAGAAAAGGGAGGAACGUGGAACGGACGCGGAAACAAAAGGACUUUGUCCUCCCAGUAUAAUCCUCACAUCGUCUAGUCCAAGCCAGUCCAAGAAGAAACUUUACUCGCCAGUUGGAGGAAGAGCUACAUCUAAAGAAACCGAGGAAAAGGUGGCUAAAAGAAAGAAGGAAGAAAGAAGUGUGUGGCAUCCGCCAAAGAAGACGGAAGGCUUGCCCAUAAUAAAAGCUACGAUGGUUCAACCGACGGUGGUAGAAAGAAGCAAGGUACGAAUGUCAAUGUCAGGAUUUAGCAAGGGAGUAUUAAUUGGGAACAUUAUUUUUACGUCUCCAACUGGAGACGGGACCGCCAUUUUGCGUGUUCAUGCGAACCACGCGAAGGUGUAGCCGCUUACAGUGCAAAGACUCAGUUAUUUUAAGACCCUGAGUAUUGGUCGGGUCCCGGCGGGGAUCGAACCCGCGACCUCCCGCUCUGCAGUCAAGCGCUCUACCGACUGAGUUAAUCCUGCCGCGGACCUUAGGGUUUAUCCUAGAAGCGCUUUCGUAAGGUUUGAAUGAGGGCGGAUAAAGGUUGGGCAAUGAAACAAGCGCUUCUGAACAAAAAGGUGUGAUGCAGUGGUCUGGGACUCUGCUUGGAAAUGUCGCGUGUUUUGGACUUCGGUAAGGGCUUGCGUAGUCUGCGUAGCAGGCGCUUGAAAGUAUUAAAUGGGCGUAAGAAAGAACGGACGAGCGAGGCGCGCGAGGGAGAUAAGCGAGGCGAGAGAGAGCUACCUCUUCCCUCACGUGUCUCCCUCGCACGCGCCCGUUCUAUCUUGCGGAAUCGGAAAUCUACAGAAAAAGUCAUGCUGCACGUACGCGCGUGCAGAGUUGUUGUUUUGCUUAUUAAUCUUUCUCUUGUGUUUAAUUUGCUCCAGGAACAAGGCAGAAGAGGACGACUCACCUUCACACUUCAUUAUCAUUAUCGAUAUGCUUCAAGGAGGUAAGUGGAUGUUCUUUUCAUGCCAUGUAAUGUCGGCCCAAAUGUGUUUACGGGGCUCUGUCAAGGGAAUUCUUGUUAUAAGGGUGUUAUAAUUUUGAUGAGUACCUUUCCUUUCCUAAUACUGACUUCUCCAACACGAAGGCAGAGUUCUAUUAAAGUCUUGGAAGAAAAAUACAGGAUAUGAUUUUUUUUGGCAAUUUUUCAUGAAAAAACUUGAUAAUUUACUUUACCUUUUUUUAAACUGAGUUGCAGUCCUUUUCCUCCUAGUCUGCUACACAGCCGUUUUUGGCGUCGUCACGCAACGCUCCUCCCCAAUCUUGGGGAGGAGCGUUGCGUGACGACACUAAAAACGGCUGUGUAGCAAACUGUUUUCCUCCUGGCCAACCGAAAAUAAUUUUCUGAUUUGUUAGCUGCUGAACUAAUGGCACUUUUUUCUAAUCAAAUAGUAAAUAGGAUACCUUAGCUGAAUCUUGAGUGGCGACAAAAUAAACAAACAAACAAAAUAACAGCAACAGCGCACCACGUGUGAAACCCGACAUGCUCGCUCCAACCCCAGUCCUCGUUUAUCACUGGCUCUGAAAACUUUGUAACUUGGUUUUUCUCAGGCAACAAGCAAACAGAGUUUUUAGUUCAUAUGCUUUUAAAGAACUCUAACCAAACCUGGAGCAUUUUCUGUUUAAAUGUUGUAGGUACAUCUUUAGUUUCCUUUUUUUUACUCAACGGGCGGUAGACUGCGAGCAGUCUAUCUGUUUCUUCAGAUUUAGUAAGGUGAGUGCACGCGCGCGCGAGUGUUGAACGGUGUAGCCGCGAGACACGAGAAACGAGGGCGGCAGCCCGAGAAGAAAAAUUUCGUGCCUCUUCCGUCUCGCGCCUUCAGUCACGUGCGUUUUCAUUUGCGUGUCUCGGGCGUUUUGCUCGACGGACCAAGAAAAAAGAGGAGACUGCUCGUAGUCUAAACGGGCGGGUGCCCUGUUUACUGAAGAAAAGUGACCUCGCCUUAUCAGACAAAAAGUGCGGAAAAUGCAGAGUAUUUUCCCCUUUUGCUUUGCAAUAAUUUCUCCUCAAAACUGGUCCGCUUGAUCGCCCUUAAAUUAUUUUUUAAUGUUUAUUUUUGUUAGAUCUGUGCUUCUGGUAAAGCUUGACAGCGCGCAGGAUCUUCCUGCCAAAGAUGAUGACCUGCUACCAGAUGUUUUCGUUAAAACUCAGCUUAUUCCCAGCCGCAAACGAGUUUACAUCUCCAAAGUGCACAGAGAAACUGCCAACCCUGUCUUCAACGAAGCUUAUGAAUUUGACAUUGAGUACCCAGAACUUCAGCAACAGCGGCUUUUAUUUCAAAUUCUUGACUAUGAUUGUAUGUCUCGUUACAAACCUAUUGGGGAAGUCAGCGUGCGUUUGGCCGAGUUAGGAACGCAUGGAUUUAAUAUUUUAAGAGAGAUUUCUCUCUGUGUUUAUAUUUCUAGACCUCAGAAAGAAUCGUCUCUUUGA